GCCCGGGCGGGUGCUGGACGCCGGCUGGAGAGGCGCCGUCCUUGGAAACGGACCUUCUGAACGGCUCGGGCAGAGCGGGCCAGCCGGACUGCUCUCCCGGGGCAGGGCAGGGCCGGCCCAGGGGCACCUCCGGCCCAGGGGCACCUCCCGCCGCGGCGCCCGCUUCCGGGUGGCGCCGGGCCCUUCCGCCGCCGCAGAUGCCCGAGCGGCCGGGCCGGAGGGUGCUCGGCGAUCGAUUAGCCGGUCUCGGGGAGGGGCGGUGGGCUCAGGAUGGACUUUCUGACACUCUUCUUGAUUUACUUGUGUUUUGUUCUCACUUCUGUUGCUCUACUCUGCAUCUGUUCGGGAAGGAAGGAGAGUUUCCUCCUAAGAAGUGUCAAUAGUGCAACCCAGGUGUUGUCAUUUGUAAUCCCCACACAGCUCCAGAGAGUGACGCAGAGGGUGCUUCACAGGCUCUUCCACACAAGAAACUGUUUGUUUGUUGUCCUGCACGUGGCCUUGCAAGCUGCAGUGUAUGGGGAAUACACAUGGGAAGUGUUUGUUUACUGCUGGGAGCUGCAAUUCCACCUCCUCCUCCUGCUGCUGCCCUACCUGCUGCUGGCUGGGAAUGUGGGCUGCUUCAUACUCUGCUCCCGCACCAAUCCUGGUGUAAUAACAAAAUCAAAUCAUGCAUCAUUGGUUAAGAUUUAUGCAUAUGAUGGUGUAUUAUUUCAGAAAGGCAUCGUAUGUUCUACAUGCAACAUGGAAAAGCCAGCCAGAUCAAAACAUUGUAGUUUCUGCAGUAUGUGCGUACAUCGUUUUGAUCACCACUGCGUGUGGGUCAACAACUGCAUUGGUGCCUUCAAUGCAAAAUACUUCUUCCUUUACCUCCUCACACUGAGUGCCAUGGCUGCAACCAUUGCAACCAUCACAGCAGCAUUUCUCAUCCAAGUGGUCCUGCUGUCAGAUAUGAUGCAUGGACGUUACGUUGAUGACCAAGGACAAGAGCAUGCUGUUGAGAUUCUCUUUCUCAUUCAGCACCUUUUCUUGACUUUUCCUAGGAUUGUCUUCAUGCUUGGUUUUGUUAUUCUUCUCACACUCGUGCUGGGUGCAUACUGCUGCUUCAAUCUAUAUUUGACCUUAACCAACCAAACUUCCAAUGAAUGGUAUAAAUCCAGAAGAUACGGGUGUUCCCACCAUCUAACAUUGCAGCCUCAUGACAGACAAGUUGUCUACAAAAACAUUUAUUCUAAAGGAGUCUGGAUGAAUGUAAAGGAAAUCUUUAAGCCUCCUACAGUGUUGGAAAGAAAGAAGAAAACAUGAAGAUACUCUUCUUUUUAAUGUGCAUUUUUAAACUUUUUGUAGGAAUUUAUUUCAGCAGUGCACUUUGAUGCCCCAAACAACCUUUGUAAAAGGAUUACUGUAUUUCAAUUAAGUAAUUGGAAACUAUGCUUUCAUAAAGCCGACCAGUCUUCAAACAGCUAGAGUUCUUCCAGGUUUAUCUGUACUACUGCUUGUACCAGUGGCCUGUUAAGUCUUUUCAGACACAAUCACAGUACAGAAGCAAGCUGGACUAGAGUUAGGUUCUGCUAAGGAACACAUACACAAGGAACUUUUUUUUUUUUUUUUUUUACGGUUACUGUUUUGUAUGGUGCAUAACAUAUACCACUGUGUAACAGGCAAAUGGAGUUUCUGAGUUACUUUGCUAUAUUCCUGUAAAGUCUCCUGCAGGAAGACCUACUUAAAAUGUACCAAUGUCACACAUGUGGAAGUGGCACUUGUCUGUCAAUUAUUUGUGUUUUUUCCCCCCCUGCAGGAAAAUAGUAACUCACAGCUGACUGCAGUAUUCUGAUUAACAGUGCCUCACAGAGCACUAUUUAAGAUAAUUCACUUGGUGAGAUCUCUGAGGUUAAGCUUAGUUCUCUUGUUUCCUUGUUAGAGGGACCAGUAGUGAAUUUGCUGGUAUGGAGAGGCAAGUUUGGCCCAUCUUACUGAAGUGAAUCUUUUUCUCUGUACAUGCAUUUGCAAGGGAAAAGCAAACAAAGCACUGCUGUGAACUUUGAGGAAGCAUCUUUUUGUAAGUACCAAAUGAUUAAUCCAUUACUGUUAACAAUGUGUAGAACAGGUUGUAUGUAUUUAGCUGGAAAACAACAUGAUUACUGGCAGAAUCUUAACCUGCAGAAACCAUGUUAUACUGCAGAUUUGUACUAGUAAUUUCAGAAAAGAAGCUACUGCAAGUGCCAUUUCUCCUUACCUGCUAAGUCUCUUUCUUGGUACCUAUUUUCAACUUGUUCAAAAUAAGAUGCCAUUUCAGCCUUAGAGUCAUGAAAAUAGUGGACUUUUGGACAGAAUUUGAGCAUCCUGAAAAGGGUAUGGGAAAUGUGAUACUUAGCUCUCAACAUACAGGUUGUGGCAGAUGACAAACUUAAUCCUUCCGGCAUUUCUCAUCUUUAUUCCAUUGUUUGAUGUAUCUGCUUACAGCAAGCUCAACCAUGUCUUAGGCAUUUCUUUGUAUUUUGGGCAUUUUGCAGCAGGGGAAGUUAGAGUUGCUGAGGUUGUUUCUAGGGCUGCUCACCUCCAGCCACUGAACAGGCCACUUCAGAAGCACAGCAGUGCUGUGGUCUUCCACUUCUGUACAGGGAUUCUCAAGGUGAACACUGAAAGGCAGUUCAUCAGUGUCCCUCAAGAGUGGAAGACAAAAGUAAACCUACAGCUAUGCAAGUGACCUUCUGAAAUCCCUCUAACUAGGGAUCACUUGAAAUAUCUCCAAAGCAUAGAUGUACUGUCUGCUUUUAGAGCCUUGGGCUUGUUUUGGGAAAAAUAGUGUGUUUGACUCACCCACCAAUGAGGGUUUCUUUUAAGCACAAUGUUAAGCGGCCCUGUUCUCUUUCCAGAAACUCUUCUGUUUGAGUGAUAAUAGAGCAGAAAUUGGAAAAAUGUAGUAAGAACUUUAAAUAACUUUAUUUUUAAAAAUGUAUUUAUUUACAUGCCGAAUCUGUACAAUAUGCAAUUAAAAAUCCAUAUAUGGUUUAAAAAAAA